CCUCCAAACAUGGCGCCGGCCCGCAGCGCUGCUGCUUUCCCGACAGGCGACGCGCAGAGAGGGAGAGACGGAGGAGAAGGAGAAGGAGAAGCGGUCAAUAACUAACCCUGAACGUGUUUUUUUUUUAAAUAAAAAAACUAAUUUUUAAAACGAACAAAACUUCCCACUCUUUAAGCUUUCCCACGGAGACACUACGUGCUGCUUUUUGGAGACGUUUGCGCGCCAGGCUGUGCGCGUAACGGAGAGCCCACCUGUCCGACGAAGGUAGACUUCACUCCCGUUUCUUGGAGGAUGUGAACGUGCCUGAUUAACCGUGGAAUACCGGAGCAGAGCGAGCAGACAGACCGGCAGCUCUGGGAAAAACAUGUGCAGAAACACAGAGGCUGCAGAGGACUGACUCUUUCCACGGAGGGAGGGAGAAAACAACAACUUUUUCCGCUCUUCCACGCCGAGAGGAUGGAUGGAGAACAAUUUUCGCUGUCAGGAGUUGAGAGGGAAAGAGAGAGGCUUCCACCAAUUUACAACAGCUCCGCUCCUGCUGGUUUUGGGCGAGGAGCGAAGCAGCCUUUUCUGUCUCUGGGCACCUUCACCUCCACGCUGAGCCAGAGGAGGGACGCGGGGGGGCGGGGCUUAGCUGCCGGCAUGACGGGCGGCCUGAGCAGCACCCACUGGCUCCGACACGGGAGAGAGCUGCCUCCCAUCUGCAGCGAUGUCCGGCAGAAGCAGCGGCUCUCCAUCGACACGCUUCCCCCAGAAGCCAAAGCUCCGUUCCCCCCCGACCCCGUCAUCCCUCUGCGCACCAAGACCGCCAAGGAGUUUCAGGAGGACAUGGAGCGUGCCGUCCAAUCAGGUGACUGGAGGGAGGUGCGAGAGUUUUACCUGACCACCUUCGACUCGUUCAUAGAAAUCAACGCUGCCUUCAAGCGAGAGGCCAACGGCUCAUUCCACACCAUCGACGACUCGGGAGUCAACGCCAAAUUUGUCAACGCCGUUUACGACGCUCUGCUCAGCACACCUCAGGACAUCCAGAAGUCAGUGUUGAAAGGGAUCAUCAACAGCUUGCUGAGGGAGUGGAAAGGGCCUCGAACAAAAGAUGACCUGCGAGCUUACUUCAUUCUGGUUCAGAACCCCGUAUUCCAGCACCAGCACCUACGUGAUCUACGCCCCCUGCGAGGCAGAUCGCGCUCUGUGUCAGCGAGGCUUCAGGCAGCGUUAGAGCGCCUCCUACAGUUCAUCCCACUUCUGUUUCCUGCAGAACCAUAACUUCCUCCUCUGGCCAAGUGCUCCUGGUGGAUCCCUCUGCACCAAGUGCUAGCCUGUUCAGUGAAUGCAGCCAACAGUGUCUCCUCUACUCCCAUCAUGCCUUUCACCGACUUCUACAACAUCACUCUGGAGCACAUAGACUUCAUGGAGGAGUACCGGACCUGGCAGAACUACGGCAACUCCAAUAGGUUUUCCUUCUGUCAGUUCCCCUUCAUCCUCUCCACGGUGGUGAAGAAAGCCAUCAUCCAGAAAGACUCCGAGCAACAGAUGAUCAGUCAGGCCCGGCAAAGCCUGGUCAGUAAGGUUUCUCGCAGGCAGAGAGUGGAUAUGAACCUUCUGUUCCUCAACAUUAAAGUACGACGAGCACAACUCCUCAGCGACUCACUGGAUGAGUUGACAAGGAAGCGGUGCGACUUGAAGAAGAAGCUGCGGGUGACGUUUGUCGGUGAGGCGGGGCUGGACAUGGGCGGCCUGACCAAGGAGUGGUUCCUGCUGCUGGUCCGACAGAUCUUCCACACAGACUACGGCAUGUUCACCUAUAUGAAAGACUCACGCUGCCAUUGGUUCAGCAGUUGGAAGUGCGACAACUAUUCAGAGUUCCAGUUGGUCGGGACUCUGAUGGGCUUAGCCGUGUACAACAGCAUCGCUCUGGACAUCCACUUCCCCCUCUACUGUUACAGGAAGCUCCUCACGCCACCUACUGCACCUUGCGACCAAAAUGCCCUCGUCGGCAUGACAACCGCCACCCUGGACGACCUGCAGCAGAUCAUGCCGGAGCUGGCUCACGGUUUGGGAGAGCUGCUAAGCUACGAGGGAAACGUGGAGGAAGACUUCUACCUCACAUUCCAGGUGUUCCAGGAGGAAAUGGGCGUGGUCAAAUCCCACAACCUGAAGCCUGGAGGAGACAAAAUCCCCGUCACCAAGCAGAACAGGAAGGAGUACGUCCAGCUGUACGUUGACUUCCUGCUGAACAAAUCCAUUUAUAAACAGUUCGCUGCCUUCUACCACGGCUUCCACAGUGUGUGUGCCUCUGAUGCACUCAUGCUGCUGCGGCCAGAGGAGGUGGAAAUGUUGGUGUGUGGGAGUCCAGAGCUGGACAUGAGCGCUCUGCAGAAAGCUGCUCAGUAUGAAGGAUACAGCAAGACCGAGACCACCGUCCGGUGUUUCUGGGACGUGGUGUUAGCCUUCCCUCUGGAGCUACAGAAGAAGCUGCUCCACUUCACCACAGGAAGUGACCGCGUUCCCGUCGGAGGAAUGGCCGACCUCAACUUCAAAAUCUCCAAGAUCGACGUUCCAAUUGACUGGCUGCCGAUCUCUCACACCUGUUUUAAUCAGAUCUGUCUCCCUAUGUAUCGCACCAGGAAGGAGCUCAAACACAAACUCACCAUCGCCAUCUCCAACGCUGAGGGCUUUGGCCUGGAGUGACCAGCCUGCACACACACACACACACACACACACACACACACUCUCUGUCACGACUGCCACAGCGCAAAUUAUGUGGUCGUGGAUCAGACUGUAGAGGAAACAAGUUUUUCAAUAAGAGCUUUCUAAUGUCAAACAAUAUAAUCAUGGACUCUAAUGCCGUUUGUAUUGUUAUUUUGGGGUUGGGCUCGUCAAUUUGUUGAUGUAGAACUUUUUCAAUUUGCAGCAGAUAAGAUGAGAGCUUCCCCGACACAGCAGCUACAAAGGAAUAUUUUUAUUUGCACAUUCUCUGUUUGUUCUAUUACAAGACAACCCUGGUGAAGACCAUUAUAUUUUGGAUGUCACUUAAAAGAAGUUAAGUUAUAGUGUCAUCCUUCAAAAAACUCAAUGAAUUUCAUAAAUGAAGUUUAUAAAUAUUUCUGGUCCCAUGCCAUUGAAAUUAUACCAACCAAUAUUCUCAGAAACCUUGUAUCACCAAAAGCGUAAACUUAUAAUAGGUUGCUGCUUUGCUCAGGUAAUUAUUAUUGUCAAUAUGACUAUUUAUUAACCAGAUUGCCAGGUAUUUGCCAUGGAUGUACUAAAGACGUAAAUACAGCAUUCAUGGCGGAGCCCUGUUCAUUCCUAUGAGUUUCUGACCUUCCGGGUUAACCUCCAUGUUAUGUGGCCGCUGAACAUGUGCAGUAGAAAGAGACUUUACAUUAAUGAUUUUGUAUUGCUUUUCUCGGCUUGAGGGAAGUUUUUUAACUAUAACAAUUUGUGGUUUCAAAAUUUACAAUAGAAAAGAGUCCUAACCAACAUAGUUUGUAGUUCAAGGUUCCUGGCAGCAGUUUUACAGACGUCUCUUUUAUAAAAGCGGCCUUUUUGGGCCACAGAGCGGCCCAUCAUUGAUAAUAAAUUUUGGACCUGCUGAUCAAUGAGCCUUUAUUUAAUGGCCAAGAAUAAACUGAGAGCACGUCUGCAUUAAGCCGGUUGAAUUGAAAACAGAAAGUUGAACAGAAAAUCUUCAAAUUACAUGGAUUAAAUUAUCACAAUAUUACAUCCUUGUGUGUGAAGUACAGAAAAAAAUAGAGAGGGAAGUAUUAUAAUCAAACAAUGGACUCCGCAAAAAUUUGUGGAUAUAUUUCUGGAGGUCACUAAAGAAUGGAGAUGUAUGGUUUUAAUAUUAUGUUCAUUUCGACUUCACGUGGUGUUUGAAAUGUAUUUUCAUGAAGGCAUAGGCAUGUUUUGUAUCAUUUAGCUCUGUUUGCAGCACACUGUCAGAAGGAUGCUAUCAUGUGUCAUGGGAUUUAGAUUGUCUUGUGAAGUUUUGUUUUUGUUGUUUUGACAUUGCUGCCUGUUUCAAUGAACAAAAAGGCUGCAGCACAAUUUUUCUUUUAAAUGUUGUAAUAUCACGGCACAGUUGAACCAGAGCUGUUGAUUGACAGUUCAGUCUUUUUUUGUUUGUUCUGUUUGAGUGCCAUGCAGAAAAUGGAUAUCCAGAAGCAGCAACCCACCCGCUUCUGGAUAUCCUGUUCUGUUGGUGAAUAGUCAGAUUAGUUAUUUGGGUAUUGAGAUGUUUCCAACAAGUCCUCCACACAUACUAAAAUAGAGCGACUGAGCGCAUUGAAGUCCCACCCCCCACGGAGGGGAAAAGAACUUGCUGCUCAGACUUGAUCCGAUGUUAGUUGUGUUAGCCCAACUUAACCCUCAUGUUGUCCUCGGGUCAAAUUUGACCCGUUUUGAGUUUUUUUAUCUCAAAGAAUGGGCCUUCAAAAAAACAUUAAAUAAGUGACAAAAAUGUUGGGAAAAGCGAUUAAUAAUGUUGAAAUUUUUUAUUUAUUUUUUCAUGGUCGACCGGAAGACAACACAAGGGUUAAAGACAUGUACUGUAGAUGAGCUAAAACUGACAUUUGAAUAUUUGACUUGGUUACAAAAUGCGGGCUGCAAACGUACCGUCAGACAUAACGAUACCUUAGUGUCAGGAUCCCAACUUCUCUCUGCUGAUUCCUCAUGUCUGUAUCCACUUUUGUCUUCAUAACAGCUCAGCAUUUUGGGUCAGCAGGUUAUAAAAACUUAACUUAAGUGUUCUUUACAUUGUUGGUAGUGAAUAUCACCACACAGCAGCUUUUAGGCAUUUUCCUGCUGUUUGCUAGCAAACAAAAUUGACAAGGAAGAAACCUUUACGCAACAGUAAGUGGAGAGAUGGGUGUGGCUUUUACAGUAUGACGCAGUGCGUCUCUAUAGGACAUUUAUUUCCACACACUGAUCAGGGCUGCACAAUUAAUUGCAAUUUUAUCAAAAUUGCAGUAUGGACUAGUGCAAUAUCCAAAUCGAGGGGGAGGGGUAAUAUUUGUUAAACGCAAAAUAUUUGUCAAACCAUUCUCAAUGAAGUAUUGUGGUGCUGCAGAGACGUACCUGUCUACAAAUCCUAUCCUACAGACUAAAGAACAACUCUUUGUUUGGAACAGAUCCCGAUCCUAAUAAUUUCUUUUCAUUGUUACAUUUUUCAAUUAAAAUGAGAAUGAAACUGAAAUGAUGAUUCCCUCCAAUAUUGUGAAUCAUAUCCCAUUUGCAAUAUCCGUGAAAAUAAUCACAAUUAGAUAUUUUCCCCAUAGCUUGCAGCCCUAUCCUCUGACACGACCCGCACAAGCGUUUUCGGCCCUUACAUCUUAACCAGGAAACGGAACGGUAAAACAGGAAAAAGAAUGACGUUGCUAAAUCGCCAUGUGACAUUUGCAUUCUGUGUGAAUGUAGUUAUGACUAAAACAACUGUUCAAAAAUAUAAUGAAGUGCAAAUUAUUUACAGGCAAAAAACAUAAGGACUAAAGACCAACUGGUCGCAAACCCAUAGGUUUACCAAGCAACAGUCAAUCUGAUCUGGGUCACUCUCUGAGCAUCUAUAGGGUCUGAGAAGCUCCUUCUACAACAGUGGACCUGCUCUUCACGCCUCAUUCACAUCCCGAGUCAGAAUUAUCGUUAAAAGAAACCUCUGACUGGGAAAAAGAUCAGCGUCCGUGUGCUGAAUACAAAAAGGACACAUUGUAGGCUUUGAAAUGGGAGAUGAUGUAAGAGGACACCUAGGAUAACAUGUCAGAAAAGUAGUUUUUGUGAGAUGAGUGUUGUUUGUAAAUGGGACCAAACUGUGUCAGGUUAUACAGUGGGAUGGAAGUAAAGACCUGGUCAAAAAUCUCUUUGAAAAUAGUUCAAAUUGAUUCUAAGCAUUUGGUGAGAUGUAAUUAUUUUCACUUGUCAGAUCUUUGAAAAGUAGAGAAAGGUAAUGUAUUUUUUGUGUUUUUUGGUAUAAUUAUUUAACAAUUAUAAACCUUAAGGAUCAUCAGUAUCUGUUAAAUGUUGUGUACACUUGUGUUGGGUUUUAACCCGAGUAGCAACAGUGUGUAAUGCCUCGCUGUCCUCAGUUACCGUUACGUAUUGUGCUUCUCUGCUGCCCGAGUCUUAUAUAACGUGCUGUAUGUACUGCUAACUGUAUCUACGGUAAAAGCUGACGAGGGGUCCUCACUCUCU